AUGGCGGAAUCCAAGCGAAAGGCAUCACACAGGCCAGUGCAAGCUUAUCAGAGCAAGCGAUCACAGCCCUAUAACAGCAACCAAACGGGACUAUGCUUCCUUUCUGGUCGAGUUCUCGCACAGCUCCCAUUAAUCGUCCCGCUGGAACCUUCCCAGUACUACCAGGUAGAGUUGCAGGGCCUCUCGCCGCCAGAUAAUGAUAGGGAAUCUGGAUGGGGCAUUGUUCGGCUGUUAGAAGGCGAUCUGGCAGGUUGGAUGAGGCCAACGACACCAACCCGCCUAGCGACAUGGGGCGUGAGGGAAAUCCAAGCUGGAUCACGCUGGGCGAGUACACACGGGAUGAGCGGUACAUUUGUCGCUGGACCAGCGCAUUUUUGGGCAAUUCCGAAACCCGUUCCCUGA